UCUGCAAUCAGACAGAGCAGAGACUGAGGGUGAAGAGAGGACCAAAUUUGAGACAGAUCACUGCUUUUACUCAAGUCCUCAGGACACACCGGAUGUGUUUGGAGUAACAUAUCGGUCGGGCUGAAGCCCCUGUGGAGAUAAACCGCAUUUUUGUGAGGCGAAUCAUCACCUAACUCCUCCGGUUUGAAGAUGCUAGCUGGCUAGCAGAACCGGGGAUUGCCUGCUGGUUUGUUUUUCCUGCAAGAGCUCAUUCUGCUUGCAAGAUCAUUGUGACCAUGGAGGAUUACGAUUACCUCUUUAAAAUCGUGCUGAUAGGAAAUGCAGGAGUGGGCAAAACCUGCCUCGUCCGGCGCUUCACUCAGGGUCUGUUCCCACCUGGUCAAGGUGCCACGAUCGGGGUUGAUUUCAUGAUUAAAACUGUGGAAAUAAAAGGGGUGAAGGUGAAGCUCCAGAUCUGGGACACAGCGGGACAGGAGAGAUUUCGCUCCAUCACACAGAGUUACUACCGUAGUGCCAAUGCACUCAUCCUCACCUAUGACAUCACCUGUGAGGACUCGUUCCGCUGUCUCCCAGAGUGGCUGCGGGAGAUUGAGCAGUAUGCCAACAAUCAAGUGGUGACCAUCUUAGUAGGAAAUAAGAUUGACCUGGCUGAAAAGCGGGAGGUGCACAGACAGAGAGCCGAGGAGUUUGCCGAGGCCCAGAGCAUGCUCUACCUGGAGACAUCCGCCAAAGAAUCUGACAAUGUGGAAAAACUCUUCCUGGAUUUGGCCUGUGUACUGAUCCGUGAAGCUAAGCAAAACACGCUGGACAACAACGAGUCUGCGCCUAUGCCAGGAGAAGGCAAGAACAUCAAUUACCUAAGCUGCUGCAACAUUAACUAGGGACCUUAGCUGCUAAUCUGGCAAUAGGUACCUUCCUGCCCAACGGAGUGCAAAAAUUGUGGUUAUUGUUGACGUCCCCUGUGUAGAUUCCUCUUUGCCACCAAGAUUGAGGUCUUGGAUGCUUUUUAACGCAUAUGUGAACCUGGAGGUUUUUUUUUAAAUCUAUUGACUGUACCACUAGGCAUUCGAGAGGAGACGGAUGCUGCUACCGCUGAGGAGAACCCAAGUUCCAGGGUACCAGCUAGCUGGUAUAUUUAAAGGCCAGACAAUGAGUUUUCUACACUUCAGUACAACACUAAAGAUGUAUAAUCCAAUUUGCCUACUAUCGGAAUGAUAUGAGCAAAAACACACAUCUUCACCAGCAGCAGUCUUGCUGUUUAAAUAGUAGAAAAUGUGCAUUGCAUAUAAUGACGACAAAUAUGUAUUAAAAAAAAAAAGCAUUGUAGAGCAUCAUUAUGUCCCCGAUUCAAGUUCACCAUGCACUUCCACACUCCUGCUGAUGAUAAUUUAAAUGUAGAAUUUUAAGACUGUGUGGCUGGAAAUUUUAGAAAGUCUUAGUCUUGAACACUAAAGGGAGAGACGAUGUGUAUAUUAUCAGUAUAUUAUAGAUUAUCUGACAUUUUUCCUAAAAGGUAAUUCCCUAAUUAUCGCUUAAAUUUUUUUUUUGUGCACUUUUCAGCUUGUUUUAAUUUCGACUGCAUUCUAUGAAGAACUACACAGCAUAAAAUGCAUCUCCAGUAAUUUUUUUAGCAGACGUCAGGUAAAUUAUACAGGCACUUAUGAGCAAGACAUUGUUGAACUCAGCAAAUUUCAGGUUCAGUUUGACUGUAAUUCAAUACACGUUACAAAAAUAAGCACUUCUGUGCUUUUCCAAUGCACUUAAACUGUAAACGCAUUGAAUGAGGGCAUAUACCUCAUUCAUAGAAAUUAUUUACACACAAACCUUUUCCCCAAAAUACAUUGGUCCAUAUAUAAUUAGACAGUAAUAAGAUUUGACCCCCCCUGCCAUUUUUAGCUCUAUACUCCAGUACAUUGGAUAUGAAAUGAAACAAUGAUGGUUGUGUUGAUGUACAAACUGUCAGCUUUAUGAACCUUUAUUAAUAACAUGUUCCUGUUCCUUCCUAUUGACUCCCAAAGGGGGCCAAAAUUAACGGAAUGGGGUGGGUUUCCCAAAAGCAUCGUAGCACGAAGAUCAUCGUUUAAAUGGUAGAGCGAGCAUCACAAUGAACACUCUCUCUCCUAGUUAAGAUGCUCUUAGUGUUAAGAGGCUUUUGGGAAACCCACCCCUAUUAGUUACCAGUCUGGCCUGAGUUUCCCAAAAGCAUUGUAGCACAAAGAUCAUUGUUAAAUGGUAGAGCGAGCAUCACAAUGAACUCUCUCUCUCUCUCCUAGUUAAGAUGCUCUUAGCGUUAAGAGGCUUUUGGGAAACCCACCCCUGCUCAGUUGGUAUUUGGCAAGCUGUGUGUUCUUGUAUUGUUAGUUCAUGGGCAAGCAUUCAUAUUUCUGGUUUAAGGAGAUUCUAGAUGGUGGUAGUUUAGUCUGGAGUUGUUUCUCUGCUAACACACACAAAUCAGUUCAUGUAAAACAACUUAUCACAAGGCUGAAAAUUAGCGACAACCAAACAAGGUGGGUUAAAACUGUUGUGUAUAUGGAACAGAUUAAAAAGAGCAUGGUAGGCAUCAUGUAUGAAACAUGGUGGUGGUAGUGUCAUGGCUGCUAGUAGUAGAACUGCCCUGCUUAUCUCUGUUGAAGAUGUGAAUGCUAAUGGCAGCCUUUACUUACUCAGAUCCAAACAAAAUCGCAGCAUUGCCAUCUCUUUCAACAGCACAGUGACUCCAGAUAGACUGUUGAUGUAAAUAUGAACCUUUUCAGGACCUGAAACUGAUAUCAGUGGAAGCUGGACUGGUAUAAUAUUUCAUUUCUCUGAAAACCCAUUCGCAGGCAGGAAAUGAGAAUGGCUGUAACACAGGCCUAGCAGAGCAUCACUAGGGAAUAUUCCCAGUGCUUUAUCAGCUUUUUUUUUUUUCAUUGUAGACUUCAGGCAGUCAGUUGACUGCAGGAUUUCUAAGUGAGAGAUCUAUUUAUGAUCAUGGUCAUUUGUCCUAAUGAUUGUGGUACUUUUGUCUCGAUUAUUAAAAGGUCCGUAAUUACAGAGUGAUUUGAUCAGCUUAUAUCACAGCAGCUUGUUAAAUUAACUAAAUCUUAAUCAUAAUAUUAAGACAUGUUUAUAAUUUUUUUUUAAUUAUUAGGCUACAUUAAGUGUGGACACACUGAACAAAUCACUGUGAAUUAGUUGUUACAAUAGAAACUAGUGCAUUAAUAAGAAUUUUUGAUUUGUCCUGUAGCUGCAUUACUUUUCAGAGUUGUGAUGUUAGAAAUUGAAUCAACACCUUUUGACCAAUCAGUGUAGAGAAUUCAGGAGCUCUGUGGUAUGAAUUGUAAUAUUUUGCACCUGAUUUUAAGAUCUUAGUAACUGUUUCAUUACAAAUCCAAUGUGCUGGACUGAAAAGAUGCUAUACAGAUACUUUUGGGAAGGUGUAUGGAACAAACAAUAAAACUGUAGUAUACGAUAUAAUUUUAUGCACAAGUUUCUCACUACAAUACUUUUAAUAACGCAUUAGCAUUUUUGUCUUGUGGAACCUCCUUGGUAUGUCCUCGGACUCACUUCUGACACGUAGGCAUAUUGCAGUUAUAUGUUACAAUAUAAUCGAAUGGGAAACUUUGUUUAUUCAGUAAGCUUUGGUGCUGUAAUUUACUCAGUCAUGUUUCCAAGCUUUUGACAUGGAAGUGCUAUUUUAGUUAUUUCAGUCAUUUUCAGUACUUGUAUUAAAAAUGUCUGUACAAUCAGUCCUGUUAUUUGACCACAGAUACUGCAAGAUGAAGCAGAUUUUUAUGUCCACAAAAAUAUGUGAUGUUAUAAAGUACGAUUCGUUCUGUGUGUUUGUUUAAAGUGUUUGUGCAUUUUUACUUGAGUUUGAAACCGUUGAGAAGUGUACCUCCAUGUUGUCUUGACUCUAUGGUUGUUUUAUUUUGCACCUUUUAUUACAACUGUGAAUUUUUGACAAAAUUUCAGUGUUUUUACUUGGCUGCUAAAAACAUUGUUAAUUUCACUUCAAUUUGAUCCUUUUUUUUAGUGAAAUGCUUAAAGCCUUGUUUCUUUUGCUCUGUGCUAAUGAUUAAACACUUUAUUAAAGGUAGAAUGCCUUUCAACUUUUUCAAGUUUAGGUCAUAAAAUUUUUCCCUGACACCCAAUUAUUUUUGUUUAGUGGACUGAAAACUACUGAAUUCGAAUCAGACUUCCAUUUUUUUUUUAAUAGAACAAUUAAUGAAUUUAGGGCCACGUGGCCCUAAAUUCUCCACUAUAUUUUCCUGCUUCACCAUGACCCAAUUCAAGAUACUACAUCAUGCAUCACGUGGUGGGCUUUCCCUGUUCGUGCAAGGCAUUAUGGGAUACAAAUUUGAAACAGGAGAGGAAAAUGGAGGACGCGAGUGUGCGAAUGAAACAUGAAAGACCGACUACAGUAACGGAAAGUGAGAAGAAAAGACGUUAUGUUGCAAAGGAAAGGAAACGCAGGGCCAAACUAAUAAAUAUCGGCGGUCAGCGAGCACCUUGGUGUGAUCAGUUGUUCGUUUAGCGACAGAAUGAUGGAACCGUCAGCACACGGUCAACGGUAAACCUGUGCAUGCAUACACACACGGACUUCCUCUGUCUGCUUGACUGCGCGAAGUGAGCGAUUUCAUGCACAUUUGCUCGUGAAUCCCAUCAAAUUAAAUAACUUCCCAGCCACAGAAUGACCUGAUAUUUUGGGAGAUAUUUCAGAAAUAAACAUAUCACAAUGUCCAAAUUUCAGAGGGAAACUAUAUUUCACCAAUUUUAUGAAGUCGAAAGGCCGUCUAGCUUUAAAUCUUGUCUCAUCUUACAAAUCCACAAAUGACAUGUAAUCUAAUCAUGUUUAUUUCCCUGUCAAAAGCUUAGCUCCUGGUUUUGCAUUUGAAUUAGUUUAGCCGAUAUCUAUUCCUUUCAGCUGUUUACCUCUUCUUGCAAUAUUUUCUAUUAAGACACUUUUAAAAUGCUAAUCUUUUUCUAAUUUUUGUAUAUACACUAUUUUUUAAGUUUUAGGCCGUGCCAUGUACAGUAUGCUUUUUGUCCAGCUUUAUUUUACAGAAAUGUGCCAUGUUGUUGUAAUGUUGCACUGCAUAUCAGUGAGACUUUUUGUUUAAGCACUAAGCUUCAUUAUUACUAUUAUUACUAGUAUUUUAGUUUUCUUAUUCUAAUUAUCAUAUUUUUAUGGAAUUUCAUCACUUAAAAUAUACUGUGUUAAAAUAUACUCAAAAGGAUAAUUGUACUUGAUAUAAUGAGAACCUGGUAGCGUUCUUUGAGCGGCUCGUUUAUGCGCAUCACCACAAUGCUUGAGUCUUUCAUAUUGCGUGACUAUUUAAAAAGUCAGAAUAAUAAACCUGUUAUUUGUUAAUUCUGGAAAAAAAGACUCCAAAUCCACAUCUAUUAAGUUUCAUUUAUUUUGAGAUUUUAUUUUAGACAGUUGUGUUAACAUGUGUUUUGUUCUUUCUCACACUGCAGGUAAAUAUACAAACUUCACACAAUUAAAUAUAAAGUUGUGACACUAGA